CUGUCCUCCAUUUCUGCCAUUUACCUCUUUAAGCAUCACCUAACCAGAGAUUUCGACCAUGGCGACCGCAAUUCUUAAGCGAUCAAACUCAUCUACCCUGAGAUCACUGGUGGACGUUAUUCGAAUCGGAGCAUCAUCAAGGGGCUACGCCAAGCUCGCAGUGGGGACUGACAUAGUUUUGGCCGCACCCGAUGUUUCUCUCCAGAAGGCCCGGAGCUGGGAUGAGGGUGUCUCCUCUAAGUUCUCUACUACACCAUUAAAAGACAUAUUCCAGGGCAAGAAAGUUGUCAUCUUUGGACUCCCUGGUGCAUAUACAGGGGUUUGUUCACAGCAGCAUGUGCCUAGUUACAAGAACAACAUUGAUAAGUUCAAGGCUAAAGGGAUAGACUCUGUGAUUUGUGUGGCUGUUAACGAUCCAUAUGUUCUGAAUGGAUGGGCAGAGAAGCUUCAAGCUAAAGAUGCUAUUGAAUUUUAUGGAGACUUCGAUGGAAGGUUCCACAAGAGCUUAGAGUUAGACAAGGAUCUUUCUGCUGCAUUGCUCGGCCCACGCUCUCACAGAUGGUCAGCAUAUGUAGAGGAUGGGAAGGUUAAGGUUGUUAACGUGGAGGACGUUCCAUCUGACUUCAAGGUAUCUGGGGCAGAGGUCAUCUUAGGACAGAUAUAAAUGGUGCUAACAGCUGAAGUUUCAUUUUCCUUCCAAGGACUAGUUGAAUGGGAGAAUUUCUCCCUUGGUUACCUCUUUUUCCUAAUACUAUCUUGUAAAAUAAGUUGGUUUCAUCAACUUUCCAAUUAACUUGAACUAUAUGGAGAAGUGAAGUUUUGAAUUUGCUCAAUGAGUGAAAUUCUUCAACAAAAUUAUAUAUUGCUAAUAAGAGCUACUCAGCAGUUACAUAAGUCAGUAUAAA